AGAAGGCCGCGCGGGACCGCGCCUGCGCGCUGCGCUGCCUCCGAUCCGGGGCGCGGCCCCGCGGCCCCCCAGCAGCGGGUUGCGGCUGAGAGCUUAGCGUAACCGCGCGGCGGCUGGGGGCGGGCACCGCUCGUGCCUGGCGGAGGGCGGGGGUGCGGUACACCCGCAGUCCGCCGCGCUACACAAACGGGUUUGCUUCUAACGCGGGCGGGCGUUGUUUGCGCGGCGCUGGACGGAAGGGCAGCUCCGCUCCUGUGCUGCGCCAGCGCUUCUGCUUCCCCGGGCCCAGUGCCCUUAGGCCCGCUCCAGGGACCCUCGCCACAGGCUCUGCAGAUGGGUGUCUCCUCACGCCCUUCUUUCCAAGGGCCUCUCUGAGUCACAGAACUGAGCUUCUCGCUUUACUCUGCGAGACGCGGCUGCCCUGGCCGCACCCGGCAUGGGCGGCGCGCAGCGGGACCGCGCCGUCGCCGCGGGGCCCUACCGACGGCCGGCGGAAGUGCGAGUAGGACGCCUUCCGGGGCGAGCGCCGGCCUCGCCAAGAUGGCGGCGCCCGUCUGCUCCUGAGCGGCGGGGAGGUGACUGCUACACCGCCUGGCCAUGGCGCUGAGCGGCCGCAGCUCCCUGCUGCUGGUGGCCUGCAGGCUCCGGGUGCGUGGAGCGGGUCUUCGUUUUGCAUCAAACACAGCCAGUCUCAAAACUGAGACUGAAGUGGACACAAGCGAAAAUGAGAUUGUUUCCUCAGACUUCACUAACAGGAAUCCUCGGAACUUGGAGCAGUUGGCCCUGGCUAGGAAGGAGCGUGGCUGGAAGACAACAUGGCCAAAGCGUGAAUUCUGGCAUAGGCUACGGGUUGAGCGCACCCAGCAUUAUGUAGAAGCCUUUGUUGAGCGCUGUAACGGGGAUGUGGUGGUGUCUGCCUCCACCCGGGAAUGGGCCAUAAAGAGGCACCUGUACAGCCCCAGGGGAGUGACCGCCUGCAAAAACCUGGGCCGCGUCAUGGCACAGCGCUGUUUGGAGGCAGGAAUCAACUUUGUGAACUUUAAAGCUGUUAUCCCCUGGACACAUCGUUGUGACUCGAUUCAGGAAUUUGAAAAAGCUAUGGAGGAGGGCGGCGUCGUUCUACGUGAGCCACGGAGAAUCUAUCAGUAAAACGGAGGCUGUUGGGAAAACUUUCCAAGGAACAACAAUCCCUUUCCUGGCAUGGGGAAGGGCCAGAACUGGAACGUGGCACCUUGUAAUAAAAUACUUCUUAAAUGGGCAGAA